AUGGACUGCUGCAACUACGGCGAGUUCCGCCACGCGCACGGGCAGUACACGGGCGCCGCCUGGGACGGCUACGGCUACGCGUUGCCCUAUGCGCCCUACGCGCACGGCUACUACGCGCCGCACGCGCAAGAUCCGUACGGGCGAUACUAUCGCUACGACUAUCCCACACCACACUCACAUCACAAUGAGCAUGCCAUGCCUAUGGAUUAUGGCGCAUAUGCUACCAAGGAGUCACGCGGACGCAGGGCAUUGUCACGCAGGGAUCAGCGCGCACAUACUCCAGCGCACCAUUUGCCACUCCCACAUACGCCACCUUCAGAAUGUGGAAUGACUGGUCGCGGUGCCAGUUUUUGUGAGUCGCAAAUGUGGCCGCACUAUCAGAUGGGGUUCCUGGGUGGGGGCGGUUGGAGUGGCGCCAAUGCUGUCGGCGGCGCGUGGGCUACCCGGGGCAUGUCCUCUCGGGAGCAAAUGCGUUACAUGGCCUCUGAUUACCGCAUGAUUAAGGGUCCACAUGUACAUCAUCAAAACUCAUUGUGCCCCCCUGAUGGAAGAUCAACACCGUAUCCUGUUUACGAAGAUGUGCCCUACGUUGGGGAUAAUGGAAGGCAAAGUGGUAUAGUUGAGUUUUCUGCAAGAAACGUCACGCAGUCAGAGGAAGUGCGACCAGUACGCGAGCGUAUGUUUAGUGAACCUCGUCGUACUCCACCUGAAGAGAAAAGACCGCCAAUAGUACCUUUACCAGCAUUCCAACAAGCCUUUGGAUCCACAGAGAUAGGGAAAUUUGCUGAAGCGUUCAGCCGCGCCGAAGUAGCACAUGAAGUUGAGGAUAUUUCCAAUGAAAACUUUGUGUUUGAGACUUUCCAAGAGUGGGAUAGUGCGCCUGAUGCGCAAUGGUCUUCGCAACCUGCUGCCCGUGAGAUUAAAUGCGAGGAGAACUGUCGAGAAUAA